AUGAUGGUUAACGUCUCAACCAUUGCCGUACGGGCCGGCGUACUGUUUGCGCUCGUUGGCAUCCUGCUGGCUGCACCGGACACGUCCGACGUAAGCGUCCCGGCGGCACGCCGUUUCCAUGCCAAGUUCGUGGUCGAUCGAAUCGAACCAAGGCGUCCACUAUCAACCGACGACCGAUCAACGCCCGGUGCCGAUGGGCUCGGUGUGCCGGCCGGGUUGGCGACUGCUCCAACACCGGCCCGGACCCGUUCGACGACGCGCUGCCGUGAGGGCUGUCUGCAAAAGCGAUCUAUAAAGGACAUUCUCUGCACACAACAGCGCGAAUGCUCAAUGUGCUGGGACGUGUGCAACCGUAACCACCAGAUCCGGAAGGAGAACGAGCUGGCCCACCGGUUACUGUUGAGCCUGGUACGCUUGAUACGCAACGAGUCGGUGGUGACGGCUGACAUCGAAUGGACGACACCGGAGGAGCUGGUACAGCAUCAACCGCAUCCGGUUGUACCAUCACCGCUCGCAGCCAGCGAGAACGUCGAGCGAUUGUCACGGAUCGCACGGGACGGUGUCGGUGCGCGUGACGGUGUAUCGCGCAUCAUGCAGACAUUAGCGAACCGGCCAGCACCGAACACACCGAGUGAAGAACCUCACCUGCAGGAGUACCACCAGUGUUUGGUGUCGUGGGAAAUUUCCGGCGGUGGCCUUACCGGCAACCUGCUGACGGAAACGUCCAAAGUGGAGCUGUCCCUGUGGCCAAACACAAAGUACCACGUGCAUGUUACCUGCCGCAAUAAGGAAACGGAUUCCCUUAUCCGCUCGUCGUCCCUGCUCGUCGACACCAGUGAGGCGGUGAUUGUGAGUCUGCAGGGUACUACCUCCACCACGACUGAAACUCCUCCACCGUCGCCACCUCCACCACCGCCACCAGCGCUGGGGAAUGGUUCCAUCAACUCGGCCAUUCAGUCCAUCACUUCCAACCGGGUAGACGCCGACCAGGAUACUCUACCCUCCCCGGUGGAUGACGACGAUCUGCAGAUGUUCGCAGAGCAGCAGCAGCAACACCAUCGGCAUCAUAGCUUUUGGCCGUUUAACCGGAGCAGAGGAGAGCUGUCGAAUGUGGCGUCCGGUAGCUCCAAGGAGAUUGUCAUCUUGGGCGUGUUCGUGGCGCUGCUGGCGCUCGUGCUGGUAGCGCUCACCGUUGUGAUAAUGGUCCGCCGGAAGCCGGGACCGCACGAGGAUCGGGAGCUGCUGAUCGAGAGCGAAAUCCUACCGAAGAUUCUGCACGUUUGA